UUCUAUCCAUCUCCCUUGCAUCUAAACACACUCUCUCUCGCUCUCUGUAGAAAUGGUAAUGGCAUCAGCUCUCUCAGCUCCGUUGAGUUUUUCAAUCGCUUCUCGCAACAGAGCGUCGCCUCUGCCAUUAGCUUCGCGUAGGAAAUCAACAAGAUCGACUUCAUUCUGCGCUCUGCCUAGUCCUUAUGGUGACUUGUCGGAAAUCGGAUUAUCAAAUAAAACAGGCGGGCUUCCUCUAAACAUCAACGAUAAUGAUCUCCGUGGUACAAGUAGUCAAAGGUAUGGUGUGAUAGAAGCAAAAAAGGGGAAUCUGCCUAUAAUGCCAGCUGUUAUGACUCCAGGAGGACCACUAGAUCUUUCAACUGUUUUAUUCAGGAAUCGAAUCAUCUUCAUUGGGCAGCCAGUAAACUCACAAGUUGCACAGCGAGUUGUAUCCCAACUGGUUACCCUUGCAACUAUAGAUGAGGAUGCAGAUAUUCUGAUGUAUCUAAACUGUCCUGGUGGGAGCACCUACUCUGUUUUAGCAAUUUAUGAUUGCAUGUCUUGGAUAAAACCUAAGGUUGGCACUGUGUGUUUUGGAGUUGCUGCAAGCCAAGGGGCACUUCUUCUUGCUGGUGGUGAAAAGGGAAUGCGCUAUGCAAUGCCAAAUGCUCGUAUCAUGAUCCAUCAACCGCAGAGUGGAUGUGGGGGGCAUGUGGAAGACGUGAGGCGCCAAGUGAAUGAAGCAGUUCAAACUCGCCAUAAAAUUGACAAAAUGUAUGUUGCCUUUACUGGCCAACCUCUGGAAAAAGUGCAACAGUACACCGAGAGGGACCGCUUCUUGUCUGUUUCAGAGGCUAUGGAGUUUGGCCUCAUUGAUGGGGUAUUGGAAACAGAAUAUUGAUUGCAGGGAUUAUCAUUUCAGAAUUUCAUAAUCACAGAUGACGGUGGUGAUGAUCUGCAUGUGGAACAGUAAAAUGGAUAUCCUCGUUUCAAACUUGAAGGCCAAAUUUUUUUGACGUCUCAAACGGCACAAGCUUAUUCAUGGAUAUCUGAUAACUCAGAUUCAGUGAACCUACAUGGGGCACACUUGAAUUGUACCCUUUUUUCUCUUCUUUUUGGUGGAUUACAGAUGUAAUUUGUACCUCUUAUGGGGGCAUGCUAAUAAUGGACCAAGUUUGGUAGCCGAAGUUGCAAUUACAAGAGGGAGGCUUUUGAUUGUA